AAUACGUCAAAUCCGCCUCGAUUUCCGUUUCGUUGAUAUACAGGAACAGGAACGUCGACAGUGACUUGGUGGCCCAAAACAUUGAGAAAAAUAUAACUGUCAAGCCAGGGCUUGUGCCUGAGUCCGGCGUCCGUGAAUGGAAGUGGAGAUAGCAUUCGAGAUGGGUCCUGAGAGAAUCUUACCAAACUCUGAGGAGGAGCUGGGCCAGGAGCGGCCGUCGGAUGGUGGAGUGGGCGGGGAGUGGAGUGGAGAGGACAUGGAGGAGGGCGGUGUGGGAGAUGAGGAGGAGGAUGAUGGAGGUUACUAUUACCAGCCACUAAACCAGGACCCRGAUGGACUAAAUGCUGCACCCGGGGACCAGCCUGAGGAUAUGCCCCCAGUAGCAGAGCAACUGCAUGAAGUCCAGGAGAGAAUAGAGUCAAUGGGCUUACAUCUUCCCCAGCCCCCUCCCCUAGACAGUGAUGAGGAGGAGCCAGAAGGAGCCUCUGCCCUGAGCAGCGCAGCCUCCAUCCCCAUGGAUGAAGACCACGUGGAGCUGGUGAAGAGGACCAUGGCAGCAGUGGCCCUGCCCUCUCUGGCUAUCCCGACCUGGGCUCAGGAGAUCUCUGACGACCAAUGGAAGGACAUGGUCCAACAGACACUCCAGACUCGCCAAAGCUCUGGAGGCCUGAUGCUAGAGCGCAAAUAAGACUGAAUUGCCUCCUUCCCACAGUCUGUCUUUAACUGUGCCAUGCAUUUCACCAUCACAUUUACCUCAGAGGAGCUCAGCUCAGACUCCCCUGGGCGGGUCAUGAGUCCUAGGUGUCUCAAUUCUCAAGUUCCAAUUCCUAUUAGAUUAAGAUAUCUCUCCUAAAUAUGUGUUUGAUAGGAGCCUCUGGGUACUCACUACUUCUAAGGGCGGCAGGUAGCUAGUAACUGAAAGGUUGCUGGUUCAAACCCCAAGCAGACUAGGUGAAAAAGCUGCCCAUG